AUGGUUUCUGCAAUCUCAAAAACUAUCAAGUUCAAUCCUCAAACUGACAAGCUAAUUACCGUAGCAGCUGGAUGUUUCUGGGGUACUGAGCACAUUUAUCGAAAGUACUUCGGUAGCAAGCUCGUUGAUUGCAAAGUGGGUUUUUCGAACGGCACAGAGGGUGCUAAAGAUGAUGAUGAUUCCAUUUCAUACAAGCGUGUUUGCAAGGGUGAUACCAAUUUUGCAGAAGUUUUGCAAAUAUCUUACGAUCCCAAGGUUGUCAGCUUGAAAGAGUUGGUGGAUUUCUUCUUUCGUAUUCAUGACCCCACAACAUUGAAUUCACAGGGCCCCGACACUGGCACACAAUACAGAAGCGCAUUGUUCGCUAACUCCGAAGCAGAUCUUAAGGAAUGUCUUAAGCUCAAGGAGCAAUGGCAGCCAAAGUGGGGAAACAAGAUUGUUACCGAGGUAGCACUCUGCACAAACUUCUACGACGCUGAGGAAUUUCAUCAAUUAUACCUUGACAGAAAUCCCACAGGAUACGCCUGCCCAACCCACUACGUAAGGAAUUUAUGA